AGAAGCACUGUUUGGCGUGUGUAUCGAAAGAUUGAGAAGGAGGACGGCAAAAUAUUAGAGCACGUCUUGUUUUGCACUGGAUGUAAAAAUCUAAUGUCCUUUACCCAUAAAUCAACCACAAAUUUGAGGCGCCACAAGUGCCAUUUGCAAUAUUUAAAAAAACAGACGUUGUGCAAUGGAUAUUCAGACGUAAACAGCUCAAAGGAAUGGUUCAAAGACGACGAAGGAGAAAUGUCAGUGGAAGACAUUUUACUGGAAGCCGAGUCCGAACUUAAAGUGGACAACGAAGAGAGUUGCGAUGCCCAGACAAUGAGUGAUGAGUUGGACAAGAAACCUACAUCAACGGACGUUGCUGCAUUCAUGGCUCUCCGGAGCGCUGGUGUUGGAGCUGAGCCAAACGAUAGUUGCGUGGACACUGGAUCACUCGUUCAACAAUCGAAAUCCAACGAUGAUCCACUAAAUGUUGGCGUUGCAAGCAUUCCAAAUCCAAGUUCACGUCUUUCUGAAGCCUUUGUAUCCCACGACGUAAGUGGGGCUGAGGAGUCAGCAAUUUACGCACAAACUUGGUCUUUGGAAUACCGAAAACUUACUGAAGAACAAAAGUUCUAUGCCAAAAGGGCAAUCGAUGAAAUUUUUGUGCUGGGCCGACUUAGACGUUUAACAUUAAAUACGGUACCGCCGGUUACCGAGUGAAAUAGUGCACAAUUUAUUUGUUAUCUAUAGGAUAAUUGUAAUUUACUUAUUUUUAACAUAAUAUGUAUGUAGAUAAUGUAAAUAUUUAUUGGGUAAAUUCUGUGGUCUCGGCUUAUAAGAUAUUAAUAAAUGUAGAAUGUAGUCUGUGGAAGACU